AGCAAUCUACAAAUUAAAGCAAAUUAACCAUUAACAAGUCCAACCCAAAACAACAAUACAAUUAUGGUGAAAUGCAACAUGUCCCUUGUUGUGAUUCCUUUUCUUCUUCACAUCUUAUGGUUCUUGAUGUUUCCUCACACCAUACAAUCACAAGGGAAUGCUUUUUCUCGUCAACCUACUAGUCAAUUCAUCUUCACUCCUCAUAGUCUCUCUGAUUCUGACCCCGAACAGGUGCACAUUUCAUUGGUAGGUAAAGAUCAUAUGAGAGUGUCAUGGAUAACGGAAGAAAAAGACACAGAAUCAAUAGUGGAAUAUGGAACUAAAGAAGGGGAAUAUAGCAAAAAAUCAAUAGGAGAUCACACCUCCUACAAUUAUUUCUUGUACAAAUCCGGCAAGAUCCAUCAUGUGGUAAUUGGGCCUCUAAAUCCAAACACUACGUACUUCUAUAGGUGUGGUGGAUCGGGUCCUGAAUUUUCCCUCAAGACACCCCCAUCCAAAUUGCCUAUUGAUUUUGUGGUUGUUGGGGACUUGGGACAAACUGAAUGGACAAAAUCAACUUUAAAACACAUUGAUAGCAAAGACUACGAUGUGUUUUUGUUACCAGGAGAUUUAUCUUAUGCUGAUUCUCAUCAACCUUUUUGGGAUUCAUACGGUCGUUUAGUCGAACCGUAUGCAAGUCGUCGACCAUGGAUGGUUACCGAAGGUAACCAUGAAAUUGAAACUAUUCCGAUUAUCCAACCACAUGCUUUCAAAUCCUACAAUGCACGUUGGAUCAUGCCCUACAAUGAGAGUGGCUCCACCUCAAACCUCUACUACUCAUUUGAAGUUGCUAGUUCUCACAUCAUCAUGUUGGGUUCUUAUACAGAUUUUGAUGCACAAUCCAAACAAUAUAAAUGGCUUCAAUAUGACCUUCUUAAUAUUGAUAGGAAUAUAACACCAUGGGUGAUUGUCUUGUUGCAUGCACCUUGGUAUAAUACUAAUGAGGCACAUCAAGGUGAAGGUGAAAGCAUGAGACAAGCAAUGGAAGAGUUGCUUUAUGAGGCUCGUGUUGACAUGGUUUUUGCAGGGCAUGUACAUGCAUAUGAACGUUUUACUCAAAUUUAUGACAAUAAGCAUGAUUCAUGUGGUCCGUUGUACAUAACAAUUGGUGAUGGAGGAAACCGUGAAGGACUUGCAUUAAAAUUUAAGCAACCUCAAAGUCCACUCUCAAUGUAUCGAGAGUCAAGCUUUGGUCACGGAAGGUUGAGAAUAGUGAACGAAACGCAUGCACAUUGGUCAUGGCAUCGCAACAAUGACGCUGAUGCAUUUGUAGCUGACAAUGUAUGGAUGAAUAGUUUAAGCAACUCAAAAGAAUGUUGGGAGACCUUAAAGCAACAAGUUUCUCAUGGAGAGCUCUAAAUGUGUAACUUUUAGCUACAUAUUAGAAGCCUCAUUAUUAGUACUGUAUUAAAUUGUGUCUCUUUUCUCUAGCUACAUAUAAGCUAGAUAACCUUUGUUGAUUCUCCCGCACCAUUUUUUUCUAAUUUAUUGUUGUGUAUGGGGAAAAGUAUUACUAUUUCAUAUUACCAUUAGAUUAACAUAGAAAAAAUAAGUUAGUUAUUUAGUUAGUUGAUUCGUUUUAUGUAUUCGUAAUUGUUAUCUGUUUUCUAAAAAGAGGAUCAACUCCUAUUUUUCUUUUUGUAA